ACCAACUGCCCCCAGGCCCCAAUAAAACCUUUGUCCUUUUGAAACUCGCUCUCUUUCCCUGGUAUCUCACCGCUGCGUCGGUGCAGGUAGGGGAUUGAGCUCGAGCUAGCUCGAAUAAAGGCUCUUUGCUUUUGCAUCGGACUCGGCUCCCUAGUGGUCUUUGGGGAUCACGAAUUCUGGGCAUAACAUUUGGGGGCUCGGCCCAGGAUCCCCAAGAACCCCGAGGGACCCCCGACCCGGAGAGCCUGACUGGCCACGGUUAGUGUCUGUUUGUUCUGUCUUUUCUGUGUGAGCUCAUUUCUGGAAUUCUGGUAGUGCCCGACGCGGUCUAAGUGGACGCACUGGAGGACCACGGGCCGGGAGUUUCGGAAGACGUUCCGAUUCUCCCUUCUGGAGGGACGUGGAAUCCCCUCAAAGGUCUGAGACGAGGCGGGUCGCUCCCGCUGGUCGGCGUGAGGCCGUCGUCUUUGGAGGGACGUGGAAUCCCCUCAUCGGUUUUGGAGGGACGUGGAAUCCCCUCAUCGGUUUUGGAGGGACAUGGGAUCCCCUCAAAGGUCUAAGCUAGCUUGCAGUUUUGCUUCCAUGGAGUUGGAAGACUUUCUAGGGGCCCUCUGUUUGUCUGUUUUUGUGUUUCUCUGUUUUGUUCUGUGGACUUGCUGGACGGACGUUAUGGGACAGACUCAGACUACUCCUCUAAGUAUUAUGAUUGAUCACUUUAAGGAUGUGAGGGGAAGAGCUAACAACCUCAGUGUGGAAGUCCGAAAGGGUCGGUUGCAGUUUUUUUGUUCUAGCGAGUGGCCGACUUUCAAUGUCGGAUGGCCACCCGAGGGGACCUUCGACCUCCCUACCAUCCACCGAGUCAGGAGUAUCAUCUCUCAGCCUAAGGCGGGCCAUCUUGAUCAGCUCCCUUACAUUAUCACUUGGCAGGACCUUGUAGAAGACCCACCCUCUUGGCUUAAGCCCUUCCUAACCCUGCUCCCUCCGGAGCCAAAACCCAUUCUUGCUUUGCAGGAGACAGAGAAGAGGAAAAGUCUUACCCAGCCUUCAGCACCCCUCUACCCUGUCCUACAGGGGGGUACUGAAGAAGAAUUAAUUUUUCCUCCCCCGUAUAACCCCUCUAGGAUGCCGGAAGAACACCAUCCUCCCCCUCGGGGGGAGGCAGACGCUGUUCCGAGAGCGGGAGGCUGAAACGCUCCAGGGGGAAGCCCGCCCUUUACCAGACAAAGGGCUCAGAGGGGGCAAUCCGCCUCCACCGCCGACUCCACUAUUCUGCCCCUGCGAGCCACCGGACCCCCAGACGCGGAGGGGAAUCAGCCCCAUCACUAUUGGCCUUUCACCACUAGUGACCUCUACAAUUGGAAAGCUCAGAAUCCUAAGUUUUCCGAGAAACCGGCAGGGCUUAUUGAUUUAUUAGACUCUGUUCUUUUUACCCAUCAGCCCACGUGGGAUGAUUGCCAGCAGCUUUUACAGGUCCUGUUCACGACUGAAGAAAGAGAAAGAAUCCUCAGUGGGGCCCGAAAACUAGUUCCAGGCGCAGACGGGAAUCCCACCACCAACCAGGCUCAGAUAGAUGCCUCCUUCCCCUUAACUCGGCCCCAGUGGGAUUUCAACACGGCAGAAGGUAAGGAGAGGCUCCGGGUCUACCGCCAGACUCUAAUGGGGGGUCUCCGAAUGGCUGCUAGAAAGCCAACCAAUUUGGCCAAGGUAGGAAAUGUACAACAGGGAAAAGAUGAAUCUCCGGCUGCCUUUUUAGAACGGAUCAUGGAGGCAUUCUGUACCUACACCCCCAUGGAUCCAGAGGCUCCAGAAAGCAAGGCAGCUGUUCUCAUGGCCUUUGUAAACCAAUCGGCCAUAGACAUUAGGAAAAAAUUACAGAAAAUAGAUAGACUAGGAGAAAAAAGUCUGCAGGACUUACUGGUGGUAGCCGAAAAGGUGUAUAAUAACCGGGAGCCUCCUGAGGACAAGCAGGCUCGCGCCAUGGCGGCUGCCAGCAGUAAGCAGACUCGAGACCUGGCCAGAAUACUACUAGCUACCACUGCUGACUUCCCCGAGGAACGAGACCGCCGUCUCCGGCAGCUGGCAGACGACACAAGAAAAGGUAAAAGCACCAAGGGGGGGAAGCAGAGGCUGCAGAAGGAUCAGUGCGCAUACUGCAAGGAGAUAGGGCAUUGGGCCCGAGAUUGUCCAAAAAGAGCUGGCGGGAAGGGAAGCAAGACUGAUCGAGUAAAAGUCCUAGAGCUGGAUGAACUAAGUGAUUAGGGGAGUCAGGGUUCGGACCCUCUCCCCGAACCCAGGGUAACUCUUAAAGUGGAGGGGACCCCUAUUGACUUCCUUGUCGACACCGGAGCACAACAUUCGGUCCUCCGCACCACACAAGGAAAACUAGCCAGCAAGAAGUCCUGGGUACAAGGGGCAACUGGUAUGAGCCAGUAUUCAUGGACUACCCGAAGAACAGUAGAUUUGGGAACGGGCCGGGUAUCCCACUCCUUUAUGGUAAUACCAGAAUGCCCCUACCCACUGUUAGGACGGGACUUACUGACCAAGAUUGGAGCUCAGAUAACUUUCAGACAAGGGGGGCCUCAGGUCACCGAUGGCAAGGGCCACCCCAUCCAGGUCCUGACCAUGAAACUGGAGGAUGAAUACCUCCUCCACCAGGAGGCGCUCCCGGGAGAGGAUAAUAUAGACAGAUGGCUAUGAGAAUUCCCCUCGGUUUGGGCAGAGACAGGGGGGAUGGGACUAGCCGCUCACAGGACCCCAGUCCUGGUAGAGCUCAAGCCAGGAGAGAGUCCGGUAAGGAUCAAACAAUACCCCAUGUCUCAGGAGGCCCGGAAGGGGAUCCAGCCACACAUCCGGAGACUACGAAGCCUAGGGGUACUAGUUCCUUGCCAGUCUGCCUGGAACACCCCCUUACUGCCGGUCAAAAAGCCUCACACAAAUGACUACCGACUGAUACAAGACCUCCGGGAAGUAAAUAAGAGGGUCGCGGACAUACACCCAACUGUUCCCAACCCAUAUACUCUCUUGAGCUCCUUAGCGCCCUCCAGGGUCUGGUAUACUGUACUAGAUUUAAAGGACGCCUUCUUCAGUCUGCCGCUGGCACCCCAGAGCCAACCCUUGUUCGCCUUCGAGUGGCAUGAUCCGGAGGAGGGCUACAGUGGGCAACUCACCUGGACACAGCUACCUCAGGGAUUCAAAAAUUCACCCACCAUCUUCGACGAGGCACUACACGAGGACCUGGUAUUUACAGACACCUUCUCUGGCUGGGUGGAGGCAUACCCAACCAAGCAUGAAACGGCUCAGACGGUGGCUAAGAAGCUACUAGAAGACAUCUUACCCAGCGGGCUCCAGAGGGCGCACGAGGACAUUUGGCCGCGCCUCCGUGCCAUCUACGAGGCUGGCCCGAUCCCGACACCUCAUCAGUACAGGCCGGGAGACUGGGUCUACGUCAAGAGGCACCACCGAGAGACUCUUGAGCCACGCUGGAAGGGACCCUACAUCGUGGUGUUGACAACCCCCACCGCUCUCAAGGUAGACGGCAUCGCGACCUGGUUCCAUCACACCCACGCUCAGCCAGCAGACCCCUCCUCGAUCCGGAAGGACGUUGUCACGCGAUGGGCCAUCAGUCGGGACCAACACAACCCGCUCAAGCUCAAGCUACAGCGCAUUUGACCUACCUAAUAUUGGUAACUCUGUUAACUCUGCUUGUCAUUGCUCAUGCUGCCGGGAGUCCCCAUACCCCCCAAAACACCACCUGGCAGAUCAUAGACACCAGCUCAGGGACAAUACUUAAUCAGACAUCCCAGAGCCACCCCAGGGACACUUGGUUCCCAGAACUUUGCAUAAACCUCCAAACUCUGUUCCCCUUGUCACCAUAAAUGCAGCCGGUCCCAUGAUUGGGUCCCUAAGCUACAUGACAAGGGGGGAAUGAAAGGGCGGGCCUACGCCAGCCGACUCCAUCUUGUUCUGUGUCCUUCACCUUGACCACACCUCCUCCCCUUGAG